CCCAGUCCCCUUUAAUUUCUCCUGCUCUGCUCUCUGCUGUCUCACUUGAGCUGCUGCUGUACUGUAGCUCUGCCUCUUUUUUCUCUCCACAGUCGUCUCUCCCUGGAAGAAGAUGAUGUAUCCGUGCAGGGCGGCUUUGCAGAGGUUUUCAUCUCUGAGCAGACACUCCAUGACACACCGUGUAAUCCUGCACAGAGAUGUCGUUCCUCGGAGGCUCAUGUCCUCUGUUCCUGGCGGUACUGGAGAGAACGUUAUGUUAGUCCUGCUCUGUGGUGGAGCCUUCGCCGCUGCCGUGACUUAUGCGUACAGGACGGUGUGUAGAGACAGCGCUCGCUUUACUGAGCGUAUGACUGAGAUUGCGGCACGGCCCAAGAACGAGGGCAAAACUAAACCAUGGCCACCAAAGAAUGCAGAGAAAUUGGCAGCGGUAGCGGCUCCUUCUGAGGCAAAAGUGGAAGAAGCAGCGCCGGCGACCGUGGAGCUCCCUGCCGAAGUUAACCGAGUAGAACCCGCCUCCGUGGUGGAGACGGUCGCUGAGGUAGUCGCAGAGGCGGCGGAGGCGGUCGCCGAGGUGGCCGGCGUCGUCGAGGAGACGGCUAAAGAGGUGGCGGCAGUGGCUCACGAGGUGGAGAAGGUCGCGGAGGAGGUGGAGGCUGCGGCCAAGGAGCUGGAAACUCCUGCACUUCCUGUUGUGGAGGAAACGGCCGAUGAAAGAAACGCAACCCAGGAUCUUACAGAAUUGGUUGCUGCUUCAGUUGAGGUUGAGCCAGUUGAAGUUAAGCUAGAAAAGCCAGGUGAGGCCCUUGCUACACCUGUAGCUGAAGAAGCACUGGUUGCCCUUGUAGAAGAAACGCCAGUAGUUGAGGAAACCCCAGGAGUCAAGGAAGCCUCAGUUGCCCAAGCAGUUAUGAAGGUAAAGCCUUCACCUGAAGUAGAGGAAGACCCUGCUUUCCCAGUAGUUCAAGAGGUACCAGAUACACCAGAAGUAGAGAAAGCUUCUGUUGCCCCAGUAAUUGAGGAGGUAACCGUUACCUCAGCAGUUCAGGAGAUACCAGUUACCCCAGUGGUAGAGGAAGCUGCUGUUGCUCCAGAGGUUGAGGAGGUAACAGUUGUAGAGGAAGUGCCAGCAGUUGCCACAGCAGCAACCGAAGCUACCAAGGUGCCAGUCCCCUCUGAAUCUCCAGUAGUCUCAGGAGCUACUGAAGCCACAGUGGUCACAGCAGGUUCAGAAGCAGUUGAAACCACAGCACUCCCUGCUGCUCUGGACGAAUCAGAGUCUAAGCAUGAAUAUGUAGUAGUCAUGUUGGAGGAAGACCCAAAAACAGAAAAGAAGCUUAGGGUACUGGACAUGUCCCCCAAUAGUGGGAACAUCCCAGCUCCAGAGGAUGAGAAUCCAGCAGAACUCGUUACAGGACACGCGCCACCUGCUUAAGAUACAGAUGCUCUGAUAGGAGGGUUAAUAAGAUGUCCUGGUAUAGAUCACCUGUGCCUUGAUGAAGAUUACUCGAUGUGCCUUUCUCCAUUUUAGCCCCCAUCUCUCCCCACACUUUUACUUUCAUUUCGGACGGAUUCCCCUGCACGGAUUUGGCCUUGACAGAGACACGGGAACCUCUUUAUACAAUUCUGUUUGUUUACACAAACCAUUUUGUGAGCUGUUACUGAACCAUGUUUACUCCACUAAUAACAAAACACUUUACAGCACACACAAUUAGAGCACAGGUUUCCUACCGUGAUCCUGGAAAACCUCCUGUUCUGUACACACCUUGAAUCAGCUAAGAAAACAUACCAUUCUUAUUUGAAGUGUGUGUUGGAGCAGAGAAAACAUUAAAAUAAGGAAUGGGGAAACAAGGUUAAGAACCUGCAGUAAAAGAUAUUUCAUAUUUAUGUUUUUUUUUUAUCUAUUCUUAUACCAGCUUUCACAAGGUACACCUUAAUAACGCCAGGAUACAGCGUUCUCGAUGUGCAAGAUGUGAGACACUGUGAAUUACCAGGUAUUUGUUUUGCUUGAACGUUCUCAAGCACUUUCCUAACCACAUUAUUGUGCAUAGAAGUUUCUUUACCUACCUCAAACCUCACUAAAGCUAGAUGUUGCCAUGGUAACAGUAUCAGACCAAACCACGAGUAUGCUUACACCUUUUUUUGCAGCAGCUAUCUUUUAUCUCAAUGAAACACCUUCCUUAGUGCUCAAGAUGAUAUUUUAUACAUAGCUCAAAUUUUGAAGCAUUAAGGAAUUUUGUAAGCGUGUCUGGACUCGGACAGCGAUCAUUCUCGGCAGUGGAGUAUUACGACUCGUUUCUACCUCACCUCAAACCUUACCUCCACCUUGAGGCGCAUUAAAUAUAUUUAUACCAAAAUACAGUAUGUUGUCGUAUGUUAUGUAAAUAUGGAUCUGAUUUGUUGGCUGGUGAUGUGUUUUAUAGUUUGGCUAUGCUGACGUCUUAGGGUGCUCAGCCUGGACAAACGGCUUUGUGGGUAAUGUAGGGAACUGCUAAGUGGAACUAGACCAAUAAUAUCAGUGAAAGAAUUCAACAUAAAAUUUUUAUUGCAGAAUUUUAUUACCUCAUACUAAUUAAAAAUUAAUUUGUAACUCGAUCAGGGUGGAGUUAUUUGUUGUUUUUUUUCAAUUUUAAAAGUUUUUUUUCUAGGUACAAAUUUUUUUUCAGCCAGCACAAAGAUCCUCUGUACAUUACCGCCGUCUUCUUAGCAUGUGCUAUCGACAAAUGUGAAUCAACAAAUGGUUAAAAAAUUUUUUUAAAUAAUCUAUCAGGAAUCCAAAAUCAUUAUACGGUAUUAAUCAUUAUACAGAAGUGUAGCUGUGUGGAUUUAUUAUUCAUCUACCACAGCUUCAGCGUUAUAGAUUUGUUCUAGAUUUUGUAGAUCAUUAAAAGUUCAUUAAUAAUAAAACCAGACAUGGCCAAAAUACAGCGGUUUUAAAGCUUUCUUAUGAACAAACACCUGUUUCAGUUUUUCCCCCCAUAUCAGUUUAAAACGGGGUUAGCAAACUGACUGUAACCUUGACUUAUGCAGAAGAUUUUUUCAUGUUUGGGGCAUUUGUGGUGGUGGUGGUGUGUUGACGAAAUGUUGCUGUCCUGCUGUUCGGCAUGUGCAAGUGUGUCAGUGGUGGUUAUGUGUAAAUGUACCACUUCAGUGUUAAAAAAUAAAUAAAUAAAGGGAAUCAA